UUUGAUCCUUUCCGGUCUCCGUACAUUUCUAUGUUAUGACGUCAUCUGGUCAGACGAGCGAGAGAAAGAGAGAGAAGCUUUGAACUUGCUAGGAAGCUUUAUGAAACAUUGUUUCUUCCUCAAGUUUCUGCUGGAUUUUCUCUCUGGGUCUUACACAUGGAUCAGAAAAGGAGCAUCGCUGAUAUGCGGCGUGUGAACUUCAGACUUUUCUGGACCAGCAUGUGAGCUUGAACAAAUAUCAUUAAAUCAGAACAGGGAGGUCAUGGACGAACGAGAAGAUGUGACGGAGUGCGCAUGCACGGGCUGUGGCGGGACGAUUCAGGACGGGUUUCAUGUGAAGGUUCUUCAAGAUGCCUGGCACAACUCAUGCUUUCAGUGUUCUGUGUGCUUUGAUCUCCUGACAAACUGGUACUUUGAGAAAGAAGGGAGGCUGUACUGUCACAAACACUACUGCGAGAAGUUUGGGGAGUUGUGCCAUGGCUGCUCGCUGCUUAUGACGGGACCUGCUAUGGUGGCAGGAGACUAUAAAUAUCACCCUGAAUGCUUCGUGUGUUUGAGCUGUAGGGUGGUGAUUGAGGAUCAGGAUACCUAUGCCUUAGUGGAACGUACCAAACUUUACUGUGGUAAAUGCUACAAGCAGGAGGUCCUGACACCAAUGUUGGAAAAGCGCGGUUUGGCCGACUCUCCAACAGACCUGCUCCCUCACACAGUAACUUUGGUAUCCAUGCCUUCUGCCACCAAUGGAAAAAGGGGCUUCUCUGUCAGCGUUAUUAGAGACUGCACCAGUGCCACUGCCAGUGUCCAGGUCAAAGAGGUCAGAGGGAUGCAUAUUAGUCCAGAGGUUCGCAACGCCAUCCAUGUUGGGGACCGAAUCCUGGAGAUCAAUGGGCUCCCGGUGACGGCUUUGAUGGAGGAGGAGGUGGAGGACCUCAUUCAUAGGACCAGUCAGACACUGCAGCUGUUGAUGGAAUAUGAUCCAGUCAGACAGCGUCUGGAAAAACUUCGCCUGGGCUCUUCCCACAAUCAGCUGGGUGUCCCCGCGGCCUCCCGCAUGCGUCUGUCCUCAAAUGCUGAGACUGAGCGGAGUGACACAGUGGACAAUAGGACGUUAAAGAGGAGGACCCUCAGACGUAGCAACAGCACCUGCAAGUCUCCAGUCUCUCCAUCUCCUAAGGACCCUCCAGUUCUGACUCGAGAUAUCGGGCGCUCUGAAUCCCUCCGCUCUCCUUCUAGCUGGUCCCACCGUAUCUUCCGUCCCUGUGACCUCAUCCAUGGAGAAAUCCUUGGAAAAGGCUUCUUUGGACAGGCCAUCAAGGUGACCCAUAAAGCCACAGGUGAGGUUAUGGUCAUGAAGGAGCUGAUCCGCUGUGAUGAAGAGACACAGAAAACGUUCCUCAAGGAGGUAAAAGUGAUGAGAAGUCUUGAUCACCCUCACGUUUUGAAGUUCAUUGGGGUUUUGUACAAGGACAAGCGGCUUAAUCUGAUAACGGAAUUCAUUGAGGGAGGCACCCUGAAGGAUUUUAUCCGUGACAAGGACUCAUUCCCAUGGGAACAGAGAGUUAGUUUUGCAAAGAGCAUUGCAUCUGGAAUGGCAUAUCUGCAUUCAAUGAGCAUCAUACAUCGAGACCUAAACUCUCACAACUGCCUGGUCAAACUGGACAACACGGUUGUGGUGGCAGAUUUCGGUCUGUCUCGUCUAAUCAUGGAUGACAAGGUCAAGCAGCCACCCCCCGACAAACCGACCAAUAAGAAAAGGCUGUUUAGACGCAUUGACCGUAAGAAACGCUACACUGUGGUGGGGAACCCUUACUGGAUGGCCCCAGAAAUGCUCAAUGGUAAACGCUAUGAUGAGAAGGUGGAUAUUUUCUCCUUUGGCAUUGUGCUUUGUGAGAUUAUUGGUCAGGUUUAUGCAGAUCCCGAGUGUCUUCCGAGAACGCUGGAUUUUGGGCUCAAUGUGCGAAAAUUCAUCGAGAAAUUUCUACCUGAGCACUGUCCUCCUGCUUUCUUUGCAUUGGCUGUGGCUUGUUGUGACCUUGCCCCUGACAACCGGCCUGCUUUUCAGAAGUUGGAGGACUGCUUUGAGGCAUUGACUCUCAAUCAAGAGUUGAAUAUCCCUCUGCCUGCUGAACUGGAUGAACUUCAACAGGAGUUUUUAAGGACUUAUGGACCCAAUGAUAUUGCCUCUGAAAACCAGGAAAACAACAGGAACUAAUCACAUGGCAGGAAAGGCUGAGAUAUGGGCUGGAUAUAUAUAUAUAUAUAUAUAUAUAUAUAUAUUUUUUUUACUUUUUUUACAGAGUUUACAGAACUGAAUUGGAGCAUUUACCUUGGGUUUGCAUUCUGGGUACAUGCUCAAGUGUUCUUUGGAGAGAUCCGUCACGACAUGCAGAACUUUGAGGGCAUUCUAGAACUGCAAAGGGUUCCAAGCAGAGUUCUGUUGAGGGAACAGAAACAUUUCAGUGACCAUGAGCUUCUUUUUGCUUCUGUCUAAUUUGGAUGGCUUAGGCCUAGUUAUGAUUUAACCAUGUAGCUCAAACCUUUAAGCCUACCACUAGUUUAUCAUAGAUCUCCCUGAUGAAGUUUUCCAUUAAUGUCAGAUUAAUGAAAAAUCAUAGAAGUAGCAUCCAUUACAUUGACUUUUUUUUGUUAAUCACCAUAAUUAUAAAAGUGUGGUUGGGUGAAUCUCAUGAAGCCUGUUAAGAACAUGUCUGGGUCAUAUUUCAGCCCACAUUAAAAAAGGUAUUUAUCCCUUUCUUUUUAAGUUUUAGACCACUUCUAAAUGAAUGCACAAUACAGAAAUGUGGAGAAAAUGUACUUAAUUGUCAUGGAAAUGUCACAGUAAGAGUGUUACAAAUAAGGUAAAAUGUGACAUCAACAUAUUUUUAAAUUAUAAAAAAUAUGGAAAGUUCUAUUGACUCAUUGAAACUACCUGAACUCUAGGAAUGUGUGUAACUCAAGCAUUGUUGGAGCACACCACCUCCUGCAGGUUGUUGUGCUUAUGUACACUCAAUCCCUUGGUUGUUUCUGUACCACUAGCACUUGAGGUCCUGACCUCUAACUCAAAAAAGACAGUGAUAAACAUUUCUGAGUUCUGAUUUGUGUGGUUUCUUGGAAAUGCUUCUUAUAUUGUAGUUAAUUCCUGGUACAUCAGCUAUUUGGAAACUGGAGUUGUCUAUUCCGCUGUCAUGGACUCACCUUGUAAAUAUAUCAUGACAGGGCAAGAACUUUUUUUCUCUCUGUAUCUAAACCUGACCUGGAGUUGUAUUCUCCAAGUGAAAUGAUAAGUGAGAUCGUAAUGCUGGAUCUUGACCGGCCGUUUCUCGUGAAAUAGCCUGUAAUAAAAAUGUCUGCAAUCGCAGAAUUUAACAUGUGACUGUUUGUGAGGAUGUUUUAUAAUGAAUGUCAUCAUCACUUUGAUCACAAAUGUUUAAAUUAAAACUGGAUAUAUUUUUCAUCUUUGUAUAGAUUUGAUGUCAUGUUGGGAUCAUGUGGAUUUGUAGUUUGCAUAUGUUUGUAGAAUGUGAAAAGCUGUAUAAGAGCAUUUGUUUUCUCUAGUCUUUUGUCAACGGUACUGACAUGUAUAAAAUUAUAACCACUACUUGUACGCCACAGGUUUCUUACACUAAUGUUUAAUGAAUAAAGAUGUAAUAAAGUAUUGGCUAUAGAUACAUUCA